CGCCUGCGGAUCAAGCCCGAUCUGGGUUCCUUUAGGGCGAGGGUCCUGUUUUCAUUGGUGGUGUCUGUGUUCGCCGUACCCCUUGUGGAGUGAUUAUUGUCUCAGAUCCGAAGUCCACACGCGCGUUGAUCAGAAACGAGAGUUUACAUUCUGUUCUUCUGUUCUCCGGGAUUCUUCGGCCUUAGGGCUUUGUCCACACGCCAUGUCUACUUCCGCACUCAAGUACAACGAAAUAGUCAUUCUUUUGCUCCGUCUGUCUCACUCCAGCCACACAGACAGCGCCUGCCGUUGCAACAUGUGUCCAUAAGAGUCUCCUAUAAUAUUUUUACGAAAGCACAGCCAUGGCUCGUGGCUCUAAGAAGCAUUUGAAGCAGGUAACAGCUCCAGCAUUGGAUGCUAAGUAAAUUGACCAGUGUGUUUGCUCCUUGUCCAUUCACUGGUCCCCACAAGCUAAAGGAAUGUCUUCGUCUCACCAUUUUCCUAAGGAACAGACAAGUAUGCUUUAACAGGAAAUGAAGUAAAAAAGAUCUGCAUGCAGUGAUUCAUUAAGAUUGAUGACAAAGUCCGUACUGACAUAACCUACCUCGCUGGCUUUAUGCAUGUCAUCAAGACCAGAGAGAAUUUCCGUCUGAUCUAUGACACUAAGGGUCUUUUUGCUAUCCAUCAUAUUACCCCUGAGGAGGCCAAGAACAAGUUGUGCAAAGUGAGAAAAUUCUUUGUGGGCACAAAAAGAAUCCCUCAUCUGGUAACUCACGAUGCUUGUACCAUCUGCUACCCAGAUCCUCUCAUCAAGGUGAUGCAGGUUGAUUUGGAGACUGGCAGGAUUACUGAUUUCAUCAAGUUCGACACUGGUAACCUCUGUAUGGUGACUGGAGGUGCUAAUGGGAAGAAUUGGUGUGAUCACCAACAGAGAGAGACAUCUUGGCUCUUUUGAUAUGGUUCACGUGAAAGAUGCCAACGGCAACAGCUUUGCCACUCGGCCCUCCAACGUUUUAUUGGCAAAGGCAACAAGCCACAGAUUUCUCUUUCCCGAGGAACAAGUAUCUGCUCACCAUUGCUGAAGAGAGAGAUAAGAGACUGGCAGCCAAACAGAGCGAAAUAGCCCUGGACACUCAUGUGAUAUGGGGUUCAGUUCCUGUGGACCCAGAAAGAAAAGUCUUGGAUAAAGCUACAUGACUCCUCCAGGCAAGAAAUGGUGUUUGGUUCAAAUAUGUGAAUGAGAACUGUCCAUAAUUUACCUGGAGACUCCUAUUGGAACAGAAUCAAGUGCUCUGCCCUUCACCUUGCCUCCAAUGGAAAUCAGAUUGCAGUGUCAAAAUUGCAGACAUCCGAGUUCACUCCAAAUAUCCUGGAUUCGGAAGAGCUCUACAAGCUCCUAACUGAGCAUCAUGAAAGCUACCCUAUGCAGAUUCACCAUUAUUGCAACAGCAAUAAUGCUCCCAGUCUUCUAUUUCAUUGAUGAGAACCCCUUUGAUUCUACAAGCUUCCUGUCUUUGGAGGAAAAAGAGAUGAUAGCUUGGCAGAGAGCCCGGAUGCAGAUCAAACCUGGCGAAACACACCACCUGAAAACCUUCAAGAAUAUGCAGAAAAGCUCAGAACUACUCAAAAAUGUGAACACCUCUAUCUUGAUUGGAGCCCCUCCGAUGGAAAAAAGUGAGAGAGCCCACAGGGAUGUAGAUAACCUUCCGGAACUGCUGACACUAGGGAUCUCCUCUAUGCAGCGUCCCCAAGGAAGCUAUCUCUUGGACACCCUGCAAUCUCUCUUCUCAGCUUCCUCCUUGUCUGAGCAGAAACACUUCCUUGUUCUGGUACACCUGGCAGAUCCUGACCCCAAAUGGCUUGAUCAAAUGAUCUCUAACAUCUCAACCCUCUUUAAACCAUAUAUUCAGGCCAGGCAGCUGGUUGUGAUCAAUACUCCUCUGAAAAGCUAUCUUCCCUUAACGAACUUUAAGAAAAACUUCAAUGACACUCCCACCUACGCAGCCUCUCACUCCAAGCAGAACAAGGAUUAUGCCUUCCUCAUGAAUGUCGCUAUCAACCGUUCUGACUAUUUCCUGAUGAUCGAAGAUGACGUGAAAUGCGUUCCUGGAUUUGUCACACAGAUUGCUGCUAAAGUGUAUGUUUGGCAAAGAAAACCUUGGGUGACUCUGGAGUUCUCUCAUCUGGACUUCACUGGAAAACUCUUUCGUACCAGAGACCUUCCCCACUUUGUUAGUUUCCUUCUCCUCUUCCACCAACAAAUGUCCUGCAACCACCUUCUCUCCCAUUUUCAUGACAUUUUCAUGCAGCAAAAACCGAUCCGGUUCUCCCCCUCCCUCUUCCAGCAUCUGGGCAAUUAUUCCUCCUUUGAGGGAAAAUUCAAUGGCCUCAAAGACAAAGAGUUUGAACCAAAUGAUAUUGGCUCUCCUAGCAACCCUCCUGCCACCAUUUACACCAGCCUGAAUGUUACCAAUGCCUCUGUCAUGAACGCCUACAGCUUGGACAAGAAUUUCCUUUACAGCGAGGAGGCUAAGGUUGGCAGCCAUCUGACUAUAGUUUUGGACAAACCUGCUAUAGUGUUUCGGGUUCAAGUGCUGACCGGUUCUGAAGUAAGAGAAGAGAAUCAGUUGAAAGAGGGCCAAGUAGAACUGGGCUUUGAUUCUACAAAUAGGGUCACUGACUGUGAUGACUAUAUUCUGCUGGGAUUCCUCGCAAAUGGCACCCUGAAUAAGGCGGUAUUAUCUGAAGAGUCUGAGAAGGUGAAGUGUGUGAGAUUGCUUGUAACAGCCACUCUGCCCUCCGGAUUAAUAUGUUCUCAUUCCAGCACUCUAUCUUUGGGUCAUGUACACCAGACUUCUAGACACAACAGGGGACAGGUGAGUAAGAGAAUCCGAUGCUCAUAUUGCAAGACUCUGGUGGCAAUGAGAGAAGACAAAGGAUCCUUCCACCAGCAACGGAGUGGAUCAGUGAAAGUUUUAACUGCCGGUGUGAUACAAGAAAGUAGAUUAUCCAGGAAAAUGCCCUUUUCCAAAACAAGGUAUUCAUUCAUUUGAUAAAUAUCUAGGGAGUACCUUAUGUGGUUAGGCAGAGUCCUGUUCUCCAUGAUCACCCAAUAA